AGUGCUUCAUGUUGCUAAUGUUUGUAGCAUCCGUGAAGUGAACUCAUGUUGUAAUGAACCUCUUGUUUUACUUACCGCCAGGAAAUAUGCGAAACGCGACAGUGUGAGUGCUACAGGAACAGUUCUACCAGCAUAGCGAUGUUAGUAUGUCUGAAAGUAAUAUCAAAUUGAGCCACGCAUUGAAUUUUGAUAAUAAAGGUUGCUGCUACAGCAUGGCGAGGAUGAGCUAGCUAACAUGAGGUUAAUUCCAGAAGAUUUCUGAGCUGCUUGCUAACACAAGCAAAGCAGCAAAUAACACACAGAUAAAAGUGAUCAUCUCGGUGUAACUGUGCUUUUGUCUGUCGCGAUGUCAGCGCUGUAUGGAUGUGUUUUCUUCAACUGUGUUUCCAAAGUAAGAAAGCAACCAGCUUUGACACAGGUCAGGAGAUUUGUGCAGUGGAAAAUGUCUGAGGGUUUAAUACGAGGUGGAAACACAGCAGCUCCACCGACAAUAGCAGCGAUGGCUAAUAGGAAAAGGAAUCUCAGUUUUCCUUCUUCGAGGUGCCUGUCAAGGUCAGCUGAGGAGGCAAAAGCUCGAGUGAAGAGAGUUUCUAUCGAGGGCAACAUUGCUGUUGGAAAGUCGACAUUUGCUAAACUCCUGCAGUCGACUUGUUCAGACUGGGAAGUGAUGGCAGAACCUAUCAGCAAGUGGCAGAACAUCAGGAGUGAGACCUCCAAGGGGACAGAGCCCGAGUCGACAGUCAGUAACCUGCUGCAGAUGAUGUACCAGGACCCUCAGCGCUGGUCUUACACGUUUCAGACAUAUUCAUGUAUGAGCCGGCUUAGAACACAGCUACAACCUCCUCCAGCUCGCCUGCUCAACUCAGAGGGAACACCUGUCCAGGUGUAUGAGCGCUCAGUCUACAGUGACAGAUACAUCUUUGCUCUCAACAUGUUUGAGCUGGGUUGCAUCAACACUACAGAGUGGACAGUCUAUCAGGACUGGCACUCACUGCUGGUGGAGCAGUUUGGACACCAAGUGGAGCUAGAGGGCAUAAUUUACCUCAGAGCCCCGCCAAAGAAAUGUAUGGAGCGUCUGGAGAAGCGGGGAAGAGCUGAGGAGAAGGGAGUGAAGCUGGACUAUCUGGAUAAGCUGCAUGUUCAACACGAGAGGUGGCUAGUUGAGAAAAGCACCGAGAUCCAUUUUGAGAAGUUAAAGCAGAUACCUGUUUUAGAACUCGAUGCCAGUGUGGAGUUUAAGAGUGAUCCAGUUGUGCGGGAGCAGUUUAUUACCAAGGUGAAGAACUUUUUCAAUGCUUUAUGAGGAGUUGGUCAUCAGCAACCAUCCACUGUGGGAAACAGAUGAAACCGGUCGGACCUCAUUCAGCUGAAUGUGUUGACAUAUAGGAACAUAUGAGCCUCUUCAAGUAAAGCAAAUAUAACUACCUAUAAUAUAUGAGAGACUUCUGCAAUCUCUCACAGGACCAUACUCCAUGAAACACACAGACUGAGUUUGUCUUUAUAUGAAUGUUUACUUCUUAACAUUCUACUGUAGCAGUUUUUUGUCUGUUCAUUUAUUUAACACACAUUGUGUAGUGAUGAAAGUUACUGUUUGAACUGUACUGAUAAUUUCUCCUGAAAUCUCCAGAUUGCUGCUUGAAGAUAAUUCACAAAUGUGGCUGACACACACACAUAGAUCUAUUGAGUGUUUUUAUAGCUUUUAUGAAGUAUAAACCAAAUUUGUGAAGAGUUGAAGAUGAGGUUUACAGUAUGUGUACUGUUUCUGGCAAAACAAGCAUGUAAAGCAGAUACUGUUGAAACUUGUUAAUAAAUAAAAAUCCUCUUUUGUAAAAAAAAAAAAA